AUGAUGAGAAGAACCUUCUCGUUGGUGACGGAACGCACGUGUGGCAGGAACACUUGCGACCACCACAGGUUGAACACUCGUGCGUCCGACCACGCGUUCUUCUGGCUGAAGUACUUGAUGGGUGAGCCCCGGCUCUUGAAGCACCGGGGCUCCUUGGCUGUGCCGAUAAAAGACAGCGGCACCUUUCGCCCGCUGGCGCUCGUAGCCAUGUAGGCGGUGACUCGAUCCUUCGCUCUCAUACCUUUCACGCCUCGCACGGUCUUCUUGAGCUCUGAUGGUGCGAGGUAUGUAGCCUUGGGCAUGAUCCUGUAGCACAGCCCGGUUGCGUCGGCGUUGUAGACGCAUUCUGGGGCAUACUGAGCGCACGUCUCGCGAAUUACUCUGAGGCGAUCGGCGAUGGCUUCGUCGUCGACGCUGCCUGCUUCGCCGUGAAGUGUACGAGAGUGCAGGUUGUUGCGCUUGACAAACUUCUUUACCCACCCCUCGGACGCGUUGAAGCCGCUGUACUGCACACGUUCGCCNCGCCGUCCGUAGAUGCUGCGUUCUCGAGAGCACGACGAGCUUUGCGCCCGAAUGCCUUGAUCGCGUCCCGGUUGACAGGCAUUCUCAGUGCCCUCGCCUGCACCAACAUUUCCAUGACUGCUU